AUGGCAACACCGGGCAGCUGCAGUUUCACAGCUGCUUUUCGGGAGCACCUGCGGCACCUGGGUCUGCGAGAUUUCCCCUGCGGCCUCGGCAGCUGGAACAAGUCUCGCUUCAAUGCCCACACAAGCUCCCGCAGAGCCCAAGCGUGGCUGAGGACAGACCCAGCUGGGCAGGAGGAGGCUAUGCCAGUAGGCGAGGAGAGUCCCGAGGCACUGGUGGAGCUGCUGAGCCACUGGCAAAGCCCCUGGGCCCCACCGCUGGGCUGCACCCCCCAGGACCAGCACCUGCGGGAAACAGCUGUGCUGACACCUGAGCUCGUCUGUGGCUCCAACAUCUUCCAGGUCCUCAGGUCCCUGCGGAUCGUUGGCAAGGGAGUGGAGGAGGUGGACGAGGGUCUGUUGCAGUUACAGCAGUUGGAGGAGCUUGUCCUCAGCGCCAACCACAUCAGCAGAAUAACCUCGGCCAACUUGCCUCGGACGCUGAAGGUCCUGGAGCUCUGCUGCAAUGCUGUGGCCGAUCUGCAGGACCUGUGUGUUGAGCCUCCUCUGGAACUGCAGCACUUGGGGCUGGGACACAACAGGCUAUGCGGCCCUUCACGGGACAAGUUCCUCACUGCGGCCUUCUGGCCAAAUCUUGUCUCCCUUGACCUGAGCUUUAACAACCUCACGGAUCUGCUGGGGCUGGUCUCCCAGCUGUCCAGUCUGCAGAAGCUCCGUGUCCUGGUGCUCCAAGGGAACCCGCUGGCUCUCAUUCCCACUUACAGAGGUUUCCUUGUGGACAGCCUGCCCAAGCUCGCCGUCCUCGAUGACAUCAACGUAGAGACUGACGAGAGGCAUAAGUUCCGCAGUUUGGCGAGGCAGCCAGAGCUGAUCAGAAGCGAAGCACAAGUGGUUGUGAGCAUUGGGGAGAUCAAGGGAGUACCUGAUCCCAGCGCUCAGCAGCAGCUGGAGGUUGGUACCGAGGCUCCGGUGAUCACCUACAGCUACUGUGUGACAUACGAGUUUGCAGAGGAAGAGGAGAUCAAGGACGGUAGCAGCACUGAGGUUAAAAAAAUUCAUCAGAGUCCCGUGGUGGCCACCCUGGAUGUGGACAGCUCUGCUCAGGACAUGGGUGAAACAAAGAUCCAGCUGGAGCCUGCAGCCACCGAGGAGCCCAAGACUCACUCUGCAAAAGUGUUUGUCACUCCUGGAGAGCCCUGGGCAGUCACCAUCGACUUCAGGUACCAGAAGGAGCACACUGCCAGGGACCUUGUGGCGCUGAAGUCCUUCCUGGCGGCUGGAACGAUUGUCUCGGUAGUGGAAGAGAAGGUGCUUUCAUGGCCUGUCAAUGCUGAUCCAGAAGAAAAUGCAGUCAGGAAGGGGAAGGCAAAACAGGAGCUGCAGAAGGAUGGUGCCAAGGGUCCUGUGCCCAGGGACAAGAAGAAAAAGAAGGAGGAAAAGAAAAAAACAUGUGAACUCCGCAGCGACCCUCCCAUUCGGAAGACCCUGGGCACUGGGAGGGUGACCCUGGAGGCCCUAUUGGCCACCCAGGACCUGGUGGCAACUGUGUGUGACUUUGGGGUCCUGAUCACCGAGCAACCACUGCAGUCACCAAGUUUGGAGGAGAAGGACAGGGGAAGCGGCAAAGGCAAGAGCAAAAAAACAAAAACAGAGAGAAAAAGUCAGGCCAAGCGGAAAACCACGGCGUCUGCCAAAGGUGACAGAGACUGGAGCUGGCUGGGCAGAGGGUGGUGUGUGUUAGAGCAAACAGCAGCGGUGCCCAGCACCCUGCCAGCCCUUGAGAUCCUCAACUUUGGGGAGGAUCUCAGAGCCCUGCAGUACUUGGAUUAUUGUUCCUCACAAGGAGAUGUGUAUUUGCAAG